AUGCAAGUUCAACGCACUACCAAAGAAGUGUUGCACAAAGCUGUUGCAGCAGCCGUGCCCGUGUUAUUCAUGACGCUGAUGAGGUGCGGCAUGGCGCAAACAGUAACGGAACCGUCUUCGGACAAAGUAACAAACCUCUGUACAGAGGCCAAGUAUACAGCCCAUCUGGCAGAUCACAUCGUAGCGGCGGCAGAAGAGCCGGAGCGCGAAAUAUCCGACAUGCAAAUUUAUGCAGAGGCAUGGAAUCUCCUUGCAGCCAGCACAAACCAAACAGACAAGCGUGCCGCGACAUAUGCCCUUGCCACGUACAUGUCCACUGCGGCGGCAAAAGCAAAGCAGCUGCAAAACGGGAAAUACAAAGCAGCAGUCUUGGCCGCUACCUACCUGCAAAGGAGAUCAGCGCUGACACGAACAUUGCAAGCUAUGCGUGUAAAGGGACAGUCAGGAGCGGGACAAGUCACUAACCGACAAGGCGUCAUCUCAUCAUGUUCACACAAGGAAACACCGACGUUAAGCGACGAAGGGGAUUGCGGGCGACAAGGCAGUGAUGCCAACCAUCCAGAAUCAAUUGCCGUAAAUUUAAGGACAGCGACUCACCUCAAACUGUUAGACAGCAGCAGGCUAAGACCGCUAGCGUUAAAUCACUUAGCCGAAGUAGAAGGAACAGCGCCACCAGCAAAAACGGAAGUACAAGCCGAAGGCUGCAAGGCUGUGAUAAGCAUUGGCUAUUAUGCUAAAUUCACAGCAUCGACAAAAGAAAGUGACGACAACAGUGAAGUCAAAGCCAUUAAGAUAUUCGCGGGUGACAAUGCAAGUACAAAUUGCGCUCUUCUGCACAACGCCGAAAGGAAAUCAGAAAAGGAUAACGACCUACUGAUCAACAAAAUAUGCAACUACAUAAACAAACCUGAUCCUCAGAUAAUAACCAUAUCCAAUUUGACGCCUGCCAUGUUAGCAAACACGAGCACAGUCCAAAUGGCGUUCAAAAGCUUCGUUCAUGCAGCAACCGGUAAAGCACCUAGCGACGGCGAAAUCGAAAACCAGCUUAAGAGCCUUUACGGAGGGGAUGAGGUGACAUUUACCAAUGACUUCAUAAAAAUUCUGUGGACGAAGAACGUGACGUACCACACUGGCUCAGGAUUCGUAACUGAGACAUUUCUUGAUGCAGCUAAAAACGAAAACGCGCACAAGGUGCUCAUCUAUCUAAAAGGUCAAAGAGCGGCAGCACAGGCAAAACAACCAAGGACAAACGAGAGUGAAAUCAACGGCCCGGUCUGCGGAGGUGAGGGCCAAGAGGAGUGCAAAUUGGAUGAAAAGAAAGACCCGGAGAAACCGAACGGAACUCAAAUGCGGAAAUGGCCUAAAGCACUCCAGUGGAUGAUCACACGACAAGGAGGAAAUUGCAAAACAAUACAGCAAGAAGAUUGUAAAGAAGACUGUACAUGGGAUGAGGGAGCUUGUGACGGCGCAGUUGGCAUUUCUGCUUCGAUGAAUAUUUCUCUGUUCAUGGCAUUUUUGCUUCUAGCAUAA